AGCGCAGGAGGAGGAGCAGGCGGGCGCGGACACGGAGGGGGCUGCGGCGGACAGCGAUGAAGACGAUGGAGACAGUCUGCAGCUGCAGCCGCCGGGAUGUGAGAAUGAGAGCCUGGGCGUGAACGACCGGUACAUCUUGCAAAAAAUGAGGCAACACGCACUGGCGCAGCAGAAUGGCACCAUCCCGGAGGAGAGCGGCUCGUACCACAGCACUCCCCACAGGGGCUGCUCAUCGAGCUCGCUUGCGGACUCAGCUGGCCAACGGACGCCGCCGGGGCUGCCUGCCGCGCGAUACAGUCACAGAAGCCUUGAAGGGAUCGAUUGGGCCGCAGCUGCAGGCAGCGAAGACAAAGGGGCGGACUCGGAAACGAGGGCUGGUUCGGGUGCUGAUGUAGAUAGUUCUCCUAGGGGGGCAUAGCGGCUCUUAAGCUUGCUUGAGAUUGAUAGGUCGUUGGGAGGAUGAGUUGGUGGGCUGAAUUUGGCUGGGUAUUCCUAUUGGCAAUGUCUGCAGUUUUGUUAACAGUUUUGUGAACCGGUCUAUUUCAGCUAAAAGCUGAAUUGUAUGGAAACAAUACGUACUAAGUGGUGAUUGCACAAUUGCAUCAUUCUCUGCUGUACGGCCGCCACCUCGGAUACAUUCAACUAAACGGUUCCACAAGCCCAGCUCAUUGCAGACGUUGUGAUACCCAGUGGAUAGUAAUCGAUUAGUAUCUUCCUGAUCACAUUAAACCUACCUUUAGGAUUUCUUAAUGAUUCUUGACGGUGUCAAGCUGCGGCCUGGCGCUCCGUGUCUAGAAGGAUACGGCCGUCCGGUCCCACAUGUUGGGCUUCAUCGCCGGGGACUAACCCACGUCUCUUCGAGAGGCGUCUCAGCAGGAUGGUCUUCAACACGAGGGCCUAGUCCGUCGUCGUGGAUUGGCCAACGAGUCGUGCGUUUUGAACGUGGGGUAACGACCUACGCUGUGGCAACGUCGCCUUCCUUUGUUACCCAAAAGGAUCUUGCGCUUCGGAACGGUGCCCGCGUGAAGGUGACCGUCGAGCAGACAGAAACCAAUGAUCAGAUUGUCAGCAUUGAGACGGACGUCCAGGCUGGCCGCCUGCUGCUGCAUUGGGGUGUUGAGGGUGGCAAGGAUUACAAGGGCGGAUGGCGUCUGCCAGGCCAAAGAGCCAGGCCAGAGGGAACCGUCCAAUACAAAGACCGAGCUUUACAGACGCCCUUCAGGCUGGAUACAAACGGGCGGUCCCGCGUGGUGCUUCACCUCGAUGGCGAGGAGGCGUCCGACUACCUGAACUUUGUCCUGAAGGAUGACGCCACAAACACCUGGUACGACAACAACGGAUCCAACUUCAAAGUCCCCCUCCGCGCCGACCCCUCCGCCUCGGCCUCCGCCGCCGCCGCCGCCUCCGACCCACUUCCCAAGGAGCUGUGUGACAAGUGGGCGUGGGUAAGGUGGGACCACUCGGGCCGCCCGGAGCGCUCGGAUGGCGCAGCGGCUGCCGAGUACAACAAGGGGGUGGCCGAGAUGAGGGAGCUGCUGGCCAGGGGGCGGACGCUGGACGAGCUGUGGCGCGUAGCGGAGGGCAAGUGGAAGUACUCAGACUACAGCAAAAAGGUCAUCAUCCCCGCCCUCGGCGACACCACAGCACCCGCUACCUCCAACGGUAACAACGGUAGCAACAACGGCAGCAGCAGCAGCAACACCACCACCACGCCAGCCCCAGCCGCAUCCGCCGCUGCGCCCAUCCCCACCAUCCCCGACGACCUACUCGGGGUGCAGGCCUACGUCCUCUGGGAGCGUGCCGGCAAGCCAGGCGGCGCGGACUUCUCCCAGGACGCACGCCGCGUCAUUACCGAGCAGCUGCAGCGGGGAGCAUCCCUGGAGGACAUUGCCCGCGGCCUUAACUACACCCUGAAGAGCCCCAGCGGCUCCCCAGCCGCCUCUGCGGCGCCCUCACCCGCCGCCUCAAUGGACGCCGGGUCUGGAUCCAGAUCCGGAUCUGGGUCGGCAGCGCCGCCGCCGCAACAGCGCAAGGCGCCGCCUCCGCCGGGCCCCCCGGCACAGGUCGGCUCACCUCUGGGCACCCCCCGUAGGAACCCGCUAGACAUGAUCAAGCGCCCCGCGGCGGGAGCUGCGGGAGCAGGGGUGAAACCCGCUCCGGAUCUGUCGGCGGAGCGCAGCACUCGGGCGCGACCGUUGGACUUCCUGGUGCAGCGCUUUGCGGUGGAUCCCGCGACUCGUUGGCGCCGUACGUACCCGCUUGGGGGUAAGGCGGAGUUGCUGGCGGUGGUACGACAGGCUGACGAGCACUCGCCCAUCCAGCUGGACCUCAUCACCGACACGGCAUCCGAGCUGGUGCUGCACUGGGGGGUGUGUCCGCAGGUCUCCCGCGAGUGGGUGAUUGCCCCUGACGAGCUGCACCCGCCCGGCAGCGCGGUGAUGCACAAGGCGGUGGAGACGCCCUUCCACAGCUGCAGCGGGGACAGCGGGGAGGCGGAGUGCGAUGUGGGGAUGGCGGGGGCGCAGGUGCCGCUGCAGCGGCUGAGCAUCACACUGCCGCCGGACCAUCACUUGGGUGCCGUCACGUUCGUGCUGCGCUCCUCCGACAGCACCAUGUGGUUCAAGGACGCGGGGGGCAACUGGGUGGUGCCGCUGCCGUCGACUGACGCCCCCCGCGACGACGGCCGCUCCUCCGAUGCCGCCGCUGACGAGCUGAGUCGGGCCGUCAUCGAAGCGGAGAGCAGCAGCCAGUGGACACUCAUGCACAGGUUCAACAAGGCUGCCGACCUGCUGUCAGAGGUGCUCAACGGCUACUACGAGCAGCUGGACGUGGCGGCCGCCCUCAGCCGCAUCUACGUGUGGCUGCGCUACUCCGCGACCCGCCACCUCACCUGGCAGCGUAACUACAACACCCAGCCGCGCAUCCUGUCAGCAGCGCAGGAGCGGCUCACCAAUGCCAUUGCCAGCGCGCACGGGCGCACCAGCGGCGAGGCCCAGGAGUGGGUCCGCCUCAUGCUCACCACGGUGGGGCGCGGCGGCGACGGACAGAAGAUCCGCGACGAGAUCCUGCACAUCAUGCACCGAAACCACAUCCCCGAGCGCAAGGGCCUGUGGAUGGAGGAGUGGCACCAGAAGCUGCACAACAAUACCACACCCGACGAUGUGCACAUCUGCGAGGCCUACCUGGCGUUCCUGGAGAGCGGCGGCAACAGGGGGGCGUACUGGCGCGUGCUGUCGGAUGCAGGCAUCACCCGUCAGCGGUUGGAGUCUUUCGACCGCCCCAUCACGCUGGAGCCCGAGUACUACCCCGAGAAGCGCGAGGCGCUGCUGCGCGACUUCCGCGCCUACCUGGGCAUCCUGAAGGCGGUGCACUCGGGGGCAGACCUGUCCGCGUCGGCGGGGGCGGCGGGGAACAGGAUCCCCGGCGGUGCGCGCGGCUACCUGGCCUACGUGCUGUCCCACGUGGGGGACUCGCAGGUGCUGCCGCUGCUGGAGGCGUGCGUGGAGGCGCGCACGGAGCUGGCGCCCGCGCUGACCGGCUGCCGGGAGCUGCUGUACCUGGACCUGGCGCUGGAGGACCAGGCUAGGCAGGCGGCGGAGAGGGGCGUGGCGGCGGCAGGUUUCGGCGCCGCUGCCUUCAUGCGGCCCCUGCUCCAGAACCUGUGCCUGAGCCUGGGUAACAACGAGGAGAUCUGCUACUGCCUGAAGGCCUGGAACGAGCUGCCCUCCUCCGUCCGCAGCGGCGGGCGGCCCAACAAGGAGGAGGCGCUGCUAGCGGUGGCGGUGGUGAACCGCAUCAGGAGGGCGCUGGCGGAGAUCUCGGACCGCGUGAUCAACCGGCUGGGAGACGUGUCCGUGGCGUACGGCAGGGCCUUCGGAGUGGAGCGCUGGGCGUACGAGGUGUUUGCGGAGGAGGUCAUCCGGGGCGGGGCGGCGUUCGCGGUGUCGCUGGUGAUCAGCGCCAUCGAGCCCAGUCUGAGGAACGCGGCGGCACUGGGGGCGUGGCAGGUGAUCAGCCCUAUAGCCGCCACGGGUGUGAUCGAUGUGGUUUCGGGGCUGCACGAGGUGCAGGAGAAGGUGUACGAGCAGCCCACCGUGCUGGUGGCUGAGCAGGUCACGGGUGAGGAGGAGAUCCCCGAGGGGGUGGUUGCCGUCAUCACGCCCGACGCCCCCGACGUGCUGUCCCACGUGUCGGUCCGCGCUCGCAACAUGCGCGUGCUGUUCGCCACCUGCCACGAUGAGGCGCCGCUGGAGCAGCUGAAACAGGCUAAGGGCCGCUGGCUGCACUUCACUCCCAGCGCCAGCGGGGCUGUCACUUGGACCGCCGCGCAGCCGCCUAGCGCAGCAGGGGGAGCAGGAGGGGAGGGUGCAGGGGCGCAUGGAGCCGGAGCCGCAAGGCCAACAAAGGGUCUAAAGAUCGAGGUGCCGGUCUGGUGCGGUCGCUGGGUGGUGGGCAUGGACGAGUACAGCGACGGGGUGGUGGGCGCCAAGUCCAAGAACCUGGCGCGGCUGAGGGGCCGACUGCCCCCCAGCAUCAACCUGCCCGCGUCCGUCACCCUGCCCUUUGGGUGCUUCGAGCAGAUCCUGGAGCUGCCGGAGAAUCAGGACAUCAAGCGCCGCCUGGCGGACAGGGUGGCCCGCAUAGCUGGCCGCACCCCCGCCUCCUCCUCCUCCUCCUCUUCGGGGGUGGUGGGCGGGCUGCUGAGCGGGCUGGGAUCGCUGGUGGGUCGGUCCUCCUCCUCCUCCUCCGCCACCCAGCAGCAGCAGCAGUCCCCGGCCGCGCCCAGUCACGCGGAGCUGCUGGCGGAGUGCCGGCAGCUGGCGAUGCAGGUGCAGGUGCCGCGGCACGUGCGGGAGGAGCUGGAGGGGGCCAUGCGGGCGGCAGGCAUCCCGCCCCCGGAGAACGAGGAGCGCUGGUCGCUGGCCCUGCAGGCACUGCGUGGCGUGUGGGCGUCCAAGUACAACGACCGGGCCUUCUACUCGCUAAGGAAGGCGGGACUGGACUUUGACUCGGUGCGCAUGGCUGUGUUGGUCCAGCGGGUGGUGCCGGCGCAGUACGCCUUCGUCAUCCACACCCGCAACCCCUCCAACAACGACGAGAAGGAGGUGUUCUGCGAGCUGGUCAAGGGACUAGGCGAGUCCUUGGUCAGUGGCAUGGUCCCCGGCAGCGCAGUCGCCUUCAAGGCACUCAAGGAGCCGCGCAGCGGACUGGAUAGCCCCGAGGUGCUGUGCUACGCGAGCAAGAGCGAGGCGAUGUACGUGCGGGAUACGCUGAUCUUCCGGUCCGACAGCAAUGGAGAGGACCUGGAGGGGUAUGCAGGUGCGGGGCUGUACGACAGCAUCACCAUGGACCCCUCGCUGCUCUCCCGCGUGGACUACAUGGAGGACCGGGUGGUGCAGGACCCGGGGUUCAGGCGCCACCUGCUGUCCCGCAUCUGCCACCUGGGAGCGGACAUCGAGACGGCGCUGGGCAGUGCGCAGGACAUCGAGGGGGUGGUGGCGCCGGAUGGGGCUAUCACGGUGGUCCAGACGAGGCCGCAGGUGUGAGGAGGGGAAAAAAGGAUACCCGAGGAGGGGAGGGCAGGACAGACGGAGGAGGAGGAGGAAGGGGAAGCAGAUGGUGGAGGCGCAUGGGAGGUAGGGGGUGAGAGACGCGGCCGCGUUUCUGUAAUGGUUGGUUUGAAACCAGGAUGGGAAAUCGCGUGGAGGUAGCGGAAGUAGGCCACGAGCGAGAGCGUUGUGGUAGAGUGGUAAAAGUGAAGUCGUGAAAAGUGCAAGUAGGGUUGACGGCGGCGGAAGGGCACUGCAUGGAAUCAUGAGCAGCAGUCGCAGCAACAGCAGCAGCAUGCUAUCCUCCGCGGCGGUGCUGCUUGCCUGUCACAUCCAUCCAUCCAUCCGACAUUCCGGUCACCGUGACGCUAGGGGUGAUGACGGCUGUAAUGAGUGCGUGAAUGGGUGUGACAUGGAAUGACCCACGGGUCGGCCGCGAGUCUCGAUCUGGCGGCUUUGACGAGCGGCGUUUAUGAGCGAUGUUUUGAGGCUUGUGUGGCGUGUUGGCGGGGCGUCGGCUAACGCACGGGAGAAGUCAAGUGUGCAGUGGUCUGUGUGCGGGUCUGACAAUGCAAGUGUGUGUUGUGUGGUCGUGAAUGAGUUCAUGUGUGGUUUCAAGCCACUGCUGUCGGACAAAGUCGCUGGGCAGUAGAGGCUGUUGGAGUUUAGAGCUAGCUCUGGUUCUUGUGUGCCGUAGAUGCAGACGAUGCCUUACCAAACACGUACAUACGAACCGACAUCUGGGUUAAGGUUCCCUCGUAUUAGUGUGUGCCGUUUUGUGCGUAUGAUGUGGUCUCGGAAUGUGGCGGCAGUGUUGCUGUUAAGUGGCUUCAUCGGGGGAUACCUGCAAUAUACAAACACGAAAGUUUGAAGGCUAUUGCGCGGAUGUUGCAUCUAGCGGCCGUACCAAUCUAGGUGUCUGUUUAGGCAAAGUCCACCGUCCAUUUGUUCGGGCGGCAUCAACCAUCCACUUCUUUUGGAAAGGAACGCGAGCUGUGCGAUUACCCGGGAUUCGUGGACAGUGCUAUUUGCUGCCGCGUGUCGAUUGAGGCGAUUGUACGAACAACAUUAUGAACUGCUGCAACCAACCGGGAGGGAGUGCGACUAGCGAUGUCGUAUGUUUAGCGAGAGAGGGGGUGUAUGGUGCGUACUUUCGCUCGUGUGCUGAGUGCUGUUGCAGAGCGCAUGCAUGCGUGUUGCAACGUAGCAGUUGCAUGUUUGCUGCGGGGAAGGCAAAUUCCUCCUUUCACGAGCGCAGAAGUUGCCAUACCUAGCAAACUACCCCGUUUGUUUGCGGGGGUGGCGAGGAAUUGUGCACAUGCUGUAAUUCUUUUUACUGGGCCGCAUGCGCAUUUGCUUGCAUGUGGAGCGGUGGCAUCAAGGGGCUUACUUUGUGCCUGUGCGC